UCCAAAAUCCGAGUACAUUGUGCAGUCUGUCUCUCUUGAUACUGAACACAAUUGCGACUUGAAACUUUAGACCCGUUUUGAAUUUGAGGGAUUUGUCGUUGCUGUAAGCACGACCUGUCAUAUGAGAAAUGUUGAGAAGACAAAACUGUUUGUGAUAUCAUUCUCGGUAUUAUCCUGGCGAGAUCUGUGACAAUCACACGAGAUUAGUACUAGAUACAUGUGACAAAGAUCUAAUAAAGUCGUCGUCUUUCUCUCUUCCUCUUCGUAACUUUGACGUUCAUGCACAUCUGCUCCUGUAAAUAGCACAAUCAUGGAGUGGUUAUUCGGCAAGCGUAUUACUCCUGAGGAAAUGCUCAGGAAAAACCAAAGAGCAUUGAAUAAGGCAAUGCGAGAUUUGGACAGAGAAAGAGUGAGAAUGGAGCAGCAGGAGAAGAAAAUUAUAGCAGACAUCAAGAAACUUGCAAAGGAUGGACAAAUGGAUGCUGUGAAAAUUAUGGCCAAAGAUCUUGUUAGGACAAGGCGUUAUGUGAAAAAGUUCAUGCUUAUGAAAGCAAAUAUUCAAGCAGUAUCCUUAAAAAUACAAACGUUACGUUCUCAGAACACAAUGGCGCAAGCAAUGAAAGGAGUGACAAAAGCAAUGCAAAACAUGAAUAAACAAUUGAAUUUACCACAAAUACAAAAGAUAUUACAAGAAUUUGAAAAACAAUCAGAGAUCAUGGAUAUGAAAGAAGAAAUUAUGAAUGAUGCAAUAGAUGAUGCGAUGGAGGAUGAAGGAGAUGAAGAAGAGAGUGAUGCUGUAGUCGCUCAGGUAUUAGAUGAGCUAGGUUUGCAAUUAACAGAUCAACUAUCUGGCCUACCGCAAGCAUCUGGAUCACUGAAUGUAGUUGGUUCUAAACAGCCAGUUGCUGCUGCAGCUGGCAAUGAAGAGGGUGGUAAUCUUGCAGAUGCCGAUGCGGAUCUACAGGCCAGACUUGAGAAUUUGCGACGUGAAUAAAUUAAGAUUUUAAGUAUUAUAGUUAGGAUAUAAGUGUAUUAAAAAAUGUAAAAAAGGAUUGGCUUUAUGUUAAAAGCUUUAAAGCAGUUGAUUCCUGUCGAAUCGAGUGCUCUCAAGAAUGCUUCUAUACUUGGUAUAUAUAUAUAUUUAAACAUAUUACAUCUAUUAUUUUUCUUAAACAUCCAAUCUUAUACUUUAUAUGCACUCGAAUUUUAUAACUGCUUUCGUAAGAAAUGUUCUCUGUAAAUGCCUAAAAAAUGCUUGUAAUAUGCAGACUAUAUUGUAUAAUAAAA